CGCGGAAAUCGCAAACGUAGACCUGUCAAACAACACACGCCAUCUUGACAGCAGCCUCAAAAUGGCAGAAAGAUGUGGGACAGAAACCGAGUCCACACCGAGGUCCCGGCUCUGAGUUGCGCGGAGGCGGACUCGUCAGUUUGAACACGACCCGGUGGUUAUGGGGCUGGAGACCAGCGAGGCGGCACCGAGUCUGUAAAAUGGACAUAUCGACGGCGGUUUUCAACGCCGCCAGAGAUGGUAAGAUCAAACUUAUCCAGAAGUUACUGGGCAACAAAACUCCCGAGGAGCUGGAGGCUUUGGCCGAGGAGAAGACCCAGGGAGGCACUCCUCUGCUCGUAGCCUCCAGAUACGGACACCUGGAGGUGGUGGACUACCUCCUGGAACACUGUCGAGCUAAUGUCGAGCUCGGGGGCUCGGUUAACUUUGACGGGGAGACCAUCGAGGGGGCUCCGCCGCUGUGGGCGGCUUCGGCAGCCGGUCACCUCCCCGUGGUGAAGACGCUGCUGAGACACGGAGCCUCCGUGAACAACGCGACGCUCACCAACUCCACGCCGCUGCGGGCCGCCUGCUUCGACGGACACCUGGAGAUCGUGCGCUACCUGGUGGAGCACAGAGCCGACAUGGAGGUGGCCAACCGCCACGGCCACACCUGCCUCAUGAUCUCCUGCUACAAGGGCCACAAGGAGAUCGCCAAGUUCCUCCUGGAUCGCGGCGCCGAUGUCAACCGCAAGAGCGUGAAAGGCAACACCGCCCUGCACGACUGUGCGGAGUCGGGCAGCCUGGACAUCAUGAAGAUGCUGCUCAAGUGCAGCGCCCGCAUGGAGAGAGACGGGUAUGGGAUGACCCCGCUGCUCGCUGCCAGUGUCACGGGUCACACCAACAUCGUUGAGUAUCUGGCUCAUCAGCCGCGCACCUCCAGAGAGGAACGCAUCGAUGCACUUGAACUCCUUGGGGCUACGUUUGUGGACAAAAAGCGUGACCUCUUGGGGGCGAUGAGGUACUGGAGGAGGGCCAUGGAGCUGAGGCUGCCCGGGGACAAAGCUGGAUCCCUGGCCAAGCCUCCACCUGGUCCCCCGAUCCCUGCUUAUGGCUGUGCUCAGGAGGUGAACACAGCUGAGGACCUGGAAGCUUUGAUCACAGACCCAGAUGAAAUGAGGAUGCAAGCGUUGUUGGUUCGGGAGCGCAUCCUGGGGCCGUCCCACCCAGACACCUCUUAUUACAUCCGCUACAGGGGAGCUGUGUAUGCUGACUCAGGAAACUUUGAACGUUGCAUCAGCCUGUGGAAAUACGCUUUGGACAUGCAGCAGAGCAACCUAGACCCCCUCAGUCCCAUGACGGCCUCCAGUUUCCUUUCCUUUGCAGAGCUCUUCUCUUUUGUCCUUCAAGACCGGGCCAAAGGCACCCUGUCGACGCGCGUCACCUUCCAUGAUCUGAUGACUGUGCUGGGGAAAAGUGUGAGGGAGGUAGAGAGAGCUGUGGCACAGAGGGACAACCCCCCAGAGGCUCCACAGUUCACCAAGGCCCUCUCCAUCAUCCUCCACCUCAUCUUCUUGCUGGAGAAGCUGGAGUGCAGCGCGGAGCAGGAGCAUCAGAAGAAGCACACAGUGUAUCGGCUGCUGAAACUGAACCCUCGAGGCCGGAGCAGCUUCACUCCUCUCCACAUGGCUGUAGACAAGGAAACGACGUCGGUGGGCCGCUACCCGGUCGGCCGCUUCCCCUCCCAUGCGGUGGCAGCACUGCUGCUAGAGUGCGGCGCAGACGUUGAUUCUCGUGACUGCGAGAACAACACGCCGCUGCACAUCGCUGCUAACAAUGGUUGUCCAGAGAUUAUGGCACUACUUAUGAAGGCUGGGGCUCACCUUGACGCUACGAAUGCCCAGAGGAAGACGGCCUAUGAGCUGUUGGAUGAGCAGAGCAGUGGGCACCCGGCCCUUUACCCGCUGAACUACAUCACCCUUCAGUGCCUGGCGGCGCGGGCUAUUGAAAAGCACAGACUGCCCUACAGGGGACUCAUCUCUGAGGAGAUGGAGGCUUUCAUUGAACUGCACUGACUUCCACUACUUUUCCCCGGCGAGGAACCUCUGCACUACUCCUGAUAUUGUCCCAUUUUAUUUUAUUUUAUUAUGACCUGCCACAAACACUGUCCUCCACACCGUUCGCUUUGUUGUGGCCCCUUGUUUGACUUCUGCUUUGCUCCCGGCCCCAACAUAAUUAUGGUCUGACUAACCAUAGCAAUAAACAUCCAACCUCUGGGCUUGAGUCUUUGGCUUAGACCUGGUCAGGUAUCGGAUAAUUCUCACACAGACUUUUAAAGUGACUGUUGGUUUGUACUGCGAUUUACAUCUGGGAGAACAUCCACUUGAUACUGGCUUAUAUGCCUUUUCCCUUGUGUUUCUCCCACUGAAAAUGGAGAAUUACAGUAUGAUGGUGUGUGUGUGUUUGUGUGUGUGUGUGUGUUUUGAAGGUGGCGAGAUGAGGUUUUGUGUUACUGAGAGGAAGCAUCUGAUUAAACUAGCCUGAUAACAAGCAUAAAUCAAAGGGUGAAUGUGAUGGCUCACUGGCUUUGCUAACUUGUUCGGAAAGGACGUAUUUGAACAUACUCAUUACCCCAACUUGAUUGCUGGCCUGGUUCUACACACUUUAAACCAUCUGCUGUACUUCUGUGAGAGCAGAGGGUGUUGCAUUCAUUGUGCCAAAUGUUAGCUAUGGAGUUAGGUUUUGUUUCAGACUGUGAAUGGGUGGUAAAACGAAAAGUAUCUCCCUUAUCUUGCAGAUUAGAAGCAGACGUUAUAAUCUAGACUGGGGUCUUUCAUGAAACUGUUUGUUCAAGAAGAUCAGCAACUGGAAUAGUUUGUUAUUCCUGACUGUGACAUGAUUUGACAGCGUGUAGAGUCAUUGCUUUAAAUACCAUGAGAUUGGGGAUAAAACGAGCUGACAUCAAAGUUGGCUAACACUCCUCCCAGGCAUUAAUACCCUAUGCAGAAUGUGAUGUUCCAGUCAGAGGCAUUUUUUUUUUCAUACAAAAAUUCACUGCAUAAACAGAUUUGACCUUGGAUAUUGGAUUAUUUUUUGAUGUCAGGUUCAUCUUAACAUGAUGAUGAUUCAGAUCUGGGGCUGCUUCUCUUGACAGUGAUAUGUAUUUUUUAAUCCUCUGAAUUUAUGAACUAAGAAUGUUUUCUUAAAGUUUCUGCCUUCGUCCAAAUGAACAAGCUGGAGCCUAAGCUGUGCCUGCGUCCCCGUGCUUAUGGGAAAUGUCACCAAUUCACUAUCAAAGAAGCAGUUUCAGAAACAGGGCAUUUGUUGUGAUACCUGUUGUUGUCCAAGUUAACUGUCCAAAGUCAUGUUUAAAGUCUGUUCUGGAGCGAAUUUUCCAUUUAACCUCAGAUGCAGUUCACAGAGAUGGAACAGAUGGCGCUCCGGCCAUCCCCUGCAUCGUAGUCUUAUUUUUAAUAGUCUCUCUUUUGUUUAUCUUGUGUUAUCAUGAAUGUUUUAAUUUGUCUGUCUAAUGCCAAGCACCACCAAAUUGAAUGCACACGGAGAGGCCCCAUAAAUCCUGAAUAGACAACUUACAUUCAGGAUAUGAACUGUUGCUGCCUUCGUCUCUCUCGGCUCCGAUUCGUUUAACUGAUGAUAACUCGAGAACAAAAGUGUGUUGGAGAUACUUGAAUAAAAUUCAGUAUCAGCA